AUGUUUAAAGACACAACACAUCUUUUGAAGGAAGAAAAUUAUGAACCCGUCCCUGCGUCGAAGGAUCGGGUGUGGACUUUGAUUAAACGAAAUAAGAAGAUUAUGGUGCAUAUUAUCCUCCACCACGUCAUCCAACUCAUCUUGUUGGUUGUUGGGUUUUCGCUUGUGUGCUGCGAGUUUUUUGUCCACCCCCAAGAGAACGGAAAGCUUCUCUCGGCCAUCGCAAUUGGACUUUCAGGCUUUGCUUUCGUUGUGUAUUUGUUCAUUCUGGCUUUUAUGGUCAUGGCGGUGAGGACACACCCGGUGUUCACAUUACUCACUGAUGUGAAGCGCCCCAACCUCUUCGUCAAACUCGCAAACCUCUUCCACACCCUUUACAUGAUCGCGUUAUGUGCGUCGUUUUUCACAGCCAUUGUCGUCUCGAUUUCAUUCGACGCCGUGCUCAAAAAGAAUUUCUCGAUGGGUGGACUUUAUGUAGUCGUUAUCGUCGAUAUCAUUUACUUGCAACUUUCUUGUGGUGAGCUUCAAAAGCCAUUCAAGUUUAUAACACGGAAAAUCGACCAAGUUGAAAUGGGGGACAAAACUGAUGAUAAGUUACAGGACCAAUACAAAGAGGAUGUUGGUGUGAUCACAUAUGGGUAUAACCUUCUUGGGUUCCAGUGUUACUUGAAGUAUCACUUUGAUCCGAAUGAGGGGCACAUUCAGUCGGAGGUGUAUUUCGUAGGAUGGGUCAAGAAUUUUAAUUGA